AUGGACUUGCUCGACUUUCCGCCUGAGAUCUUCAAGCGCAUCGUCCACUGCCUCGUCAGCGACGCUGGUGUGGCCGGGUCUUGGAAGAUGCGUCACGUGUGCCGCACAUUCGAUCAAGAGAUCAGCGAGAACGUUCUAGCUGUACAACCUGCAGAGGCAUUCCUUAAUUCGCCCGAUCUCCGCGUACUCAAGAACAAAGAGAACUUGAAGUACUACCUCGCCUAUCACGUUAAGACUCCGCGAGAUGUUCUACCGGAGCUUCCCGCCAAGAUACAGAAGAUGGUCGAAUAUGCUACGAAGGCACUGGAGGAUACGGACAAGCUCCAUGACCGAAACAUACUUUUGGAAGUCUGUGCCGCGGUUGCGCACACUUGUCGAGAUCCAUUCACCUUCAUCUGGAGGUUUAACCACACUUCGGUCAGGUGGCGCGACUUCCCCUCCCACUGGCAAAAGGAACGGUACGAGCGUUCGCGCAAAGAACUGAGCCGAGAUAUCACCAUUCGCGACCAGCUCAUAGCUGCGAUAAGUGUAGGUGCCCAUGACACAGUCGCAAAAUUACUACUCCAGGUCCCUGCGUCACUCCCGCUGGGAGGCCUUGGCGACCCGAUGGUAGCUUGUGUUCCGCAGGAUGACCAGAAUAUGAUCAUGAUAAUGAUGAAGUGUCUGGAUCAGGAUGAGUCUCGGAGGUUCAAGAGGGAUGAGGUAACCAAGCAAGAUUCUCCAUACAGCGUUCUCGACGCUAUGAAGCUAGCUAUCAUGCAUGGCCGCCUCGACAUGGUAAACCUGCUACUUAGCUAUCUCCAUCGUUACCUGGUCCCUUGUGACAACACACAUUUCCAUUCAUGGAUUCUUCGUGCUGUUCUCUCACAACACACCGAGGUUCUCAAAGCUCUUCUCCAAGCCGCACCAGGCGCGAAGCCCUUACGAGUCAACUCUGAUAUCUUCGAACAAGGUCUCAAAAUCGGUAACCCUGCUAUCGUUAGCACCAUGAUCAAGUACGGAAGCAUGAAUCUAGACUCAAGGAGCUCCCAGUUGUCAGCACUGUCAGUUUCCAUAAGAGUCGGUAGCGUCGCCACCAUUCGCGCAGUGGCCGAAGCUGGUGCAGACAUUGGCUUUGUCAUGGACAGACAUCGUCUUAGGAAUCGCGGUGCCAUUACACCCCUGGAGUACGCCAUUCAUUUCAAGAAAUACGGCGCAGUAGUCUGCUUGAUCGAAUGCGGAGCGAAGGUUCCUCCUAUCAGCACUUGGCCGACAUCGAAAAAGAUGCGUAACGUCCUGCAGAACGCUGUCACCAAACAGAAGAUAACUACCAAGUAA